CUUCGAGGAUGGCGGCGUCCGCAGCGCUGAUCCUGCAGGAGAGCCCCAGCAUGAAAAAAGCAGUGUCGCUGAUAAAUGAAAUAGAUAUAGGAAGCUUUCCACGAUUGCUCACCCGAAUUCUUCAAAAACUUCACCUGAAGGCUGAGAAUAGUUUCAGUGAAGAAGAGGAAGAAAGACUUCAAGCUGCAUUUUCUCUAGAGAGACAAGAUCUUCACCUAGUUCUUGCAACAAUAUCAUUCAUUUUAGAACAGGCAGUAUAUCACAACGUGAAGCCAGCUGCUUUGCAGCAGCAGUUAGAGAACAUUCACCUUAGACAAGACAAAGCAGAAGCAUUUGUCAAUGCUUGGUCAUCUAUGGGUCAAGAAACAAUUGAAAAAUUCAGGCAGAGGAUUCUCGCACCCCACAGGCUGGAGACGGUCGGAUGGCAGCUUAACCUUCAGAUGGCUCACUCUUCCCAAGCAAAACUAAAAUCUCCUCAAGCUGCGUUACAGCUAGGAGUGAGCAAUGAAGAGUCGAAGAGCCUGAAGAAAGUUCUUGUGGAAUUCAGUCACAAGGAAUUGUUUGAUUUCUAUAACAAGCUUGUGACCAUACAAGCACAGCUGGAUUCCCUUACAUGAUGUUCG